CUUUGAUUUUCUAGAUUUUCAAUCGAGAGAUGAAAUUCAUGGCAAGUUGUCAGUUCGCUGGCCGGGUAGUGUGUACAUUCAUUUUGUUCGAGUGCUUUGUGCCAUGCUACGGAGCUAUCAUUUGCUUCACAGAGUCAUUAAUUGUGCUUACAAGUUACCAGACUAACAGAUCAGGCCUGAUUCUGAAAUGCAGCCUGAUAGAACCUCAUAUGGAGAAAUGUACACAUCCUACGGGUAGCCAGCCAGCCAAGGAUGUAUGUUUGUUGACACCUGCGACUGUGUUGCCGAUGUCUCUUCCACAGCGCCAGUCAAUUUAUCCAUCUAGUCACAACUCUGAAAGAAUGCGAAAAUUUUUCUCUUCUGACCGAGGAACAAGGAUCAACUAGCUACAUCUCCCAGUCCAGCCUCAGUUCCACUGCUCUCUCCAGCCAGGAUGAUCCGGGGUGUCCCCAGAACUGUUGCCUGAACGGGCCAUCCGACGCCCGAGAAUGACUUUAAUCUGCCAGGCGAUGUCAAGAGCCUUGCUUAAAACGAGCUGGAUGUACUUGGCCACUUUAUUGUCGGUGUUGUCGAACCCUGAGACACGAACCAGCCAAUCAAGCUUUAUGCGGUCCGAGAUGACCAGUGAGCACUACUAGGGAGGUUCGUUUCCACGGCUGAGACUUCGCGGUUGUAGUCAG